AUGUCUCGACUACCACCUUUACCAUCAUUAAAAAGUUUUGUUCAUAUGUAUAGGCUACGUGCCAAAAAAAUUCUUUCACAAAAUUAUUUAAUGGAUAUGAAUUUAACUAGAAAAAUUGUUAAUAAACUCGGUAAUAUAAAUAAUGCACAUGUAAUUGAAAUUGGACCAGGGCCCGGUGGUAUAACUAGAGCCAUACUUGAAAAAGACAUAAACAGUUUAGAUGUUAUUGAAAUAGAUUCAAGAUUUAUUCCACCUUUAGAACACUUAGCUCAAGCUUCAAAUGAUAAGUUAAAAAUUCAUAGAGAAGAUAUUCUUAAAACUAAUAUUGAAAAUAUAUGGCAAGAUUAUUAUACAGAAGCAAAUUCAUGGUUAGAUGAUUGUAAUAAUUUUUUUAUUGUUGGAAAUCUUCCUUUUAAUAUUGCAAGUCCAUUAAUUAUUAAAUUUUUAAAAGAUAUGUCUUAUAGACGUGGGGCUAUGGCAUUUGGUAGAGUUCCUUUUAUUUUAACAUUUCAAAAAGAAGUUGGAAAAAGAAUUUGUUCUCCAAUUGAUACUAAUGAACGUUCAAGAAUAUCCAUUACAUCUCAAUAUAUCUCACAACCAGAGUAUCUUUUUGAAAUUCCUGGAACAUGUUUUGUACCAAAACCAGAUGUUGACGUUGCUGUUGUUAAAUUUACUCCUAGAAUUGAACCAUUAAUUCCUUGUUCUUUUGAACUUGUAGAAAAAAUUGCACGCCAUGUAUUUCAUUACAGAAGAAAAUAUAUUGAGAAAUGUAUUAAAACAUUAUAUCCAAAAGAAUUAGCUAAUGAUUUAACUGAUAGUUUAUUUAAAAAAUGCAACAUUGACAGAAGUAGUGUUUCAUUUCAACUUGGAAUUGCUGAAUUUUCAAGGAUAUGUGAAGAAUAUGAAAAACAAUGUUUACAAAUUCCGGGGUUAUUCCAAUUUGACUAUAGGAGUAACAAUAAACCUUUAGCAGAAUUAGAAAAAUUAGAAGAUAAUACUCCACCACUGUUACAUAAUGAAUACAAAGCUUUUCAAGAGGGUGUUACACUAAAGAACUCAAAAAACAUCAUUUUGUAA